AUUUCCGAUGUAAAGAAAGUUACUUCUCCAAUUGUGCAUCAACCCUUCAGAUCAUAAAACAUGCCAUGCCGUGAUAACAGUAGAAAAGAAACUUGUAUAAGAAAUUAGGAAAUGUCAGCGGUAUACAGAGGUUUGCACAAUACAUGAAGGCGGUGCACUAAUCGGUUUGUCAUUGAAAAAAUCAACCACAAAGGUUUCAUAUUUCAUUAGAAAAAAUAUUUGACUUGACAGUUAUGUCUUAACAUUCAUCAGUUAGUAGGUAAGCUAGAGUUAAGUGUAAAAAUUAAUAAGUGCAGUGAUAAAAAUGUCGUUUCUAACAGAAUAUUUCGAUGAAUACCGCCUACACCCCAUUAGGAAAACUAAAAUGUGUCGCCCAGAAAACAGAUGGGCGAAAUUGGAAGGAAAGUGGUUGGACCCUAAAGUGGGAACAGAAGACAAAGCAUGGUCCGAAGAAGAGGUGGAGGGGUUUAUCAAAAAUACAAUGCAGAGUCUUCGGGGCCAGUCGACUUACUACAACGACUACUGUGCUCACCUGUCUCAAGAGUUCAAGACCAGGCCGUUCAAACCUCGUGAGAAGAAAAAAAAAUGUAGCAAGGCCGGAGAAGUCGUGACGGAUGAACCUCCUCCUCCGGCCCCGAAGCUCGCCAUCAAGGAUACAGAGCUGAUGAAAGUAGCCCGGGAACUGUACGAGAGAGAUAUGGACAAGCCCACCCUGGAACCACUUCCUACACACUUGAGGGUUCUUGGCUACGUCCGGCCGUGUUUAUACAAAACUGGUAUCAGUGAGUACCAGGAGAGCAUAGCUCGCUUGGCGUACGAGAUGAUCAGGGACGACAGGAUCCCGAGAUAUGUCGCUCACAACGGAUGUCGGCCUCACUGGGGUCUUCCUCCUGAAGGUGUCAGACAGCCGGAGCUGGACGGAGCUCCGUACGACGGAGAAAGACUGUACUGAGAUGAAAACUUAAAAUUUUUCAGUUUUAAGUCAACAAAAAAAGUAUGCGGCCUUUGGCGAUGGUGAAAUGAUGUAUAUUUUUUAUAUUCAGAUUUUAAUGAGAAUGUUGAAUAUUGUAUGUUGAUGAUUGUUUUAUUAUACACGAUUAUGUUAUUAAUACUG